AUCAACACUAACUUACUAGAUUCCCCAGUCUUGGCUAUCAACCCGCCUGGUGGCUGUGGUUGGCCUAAGGAUCAAGCCACCCAGCCCCCAUGAUCAUACUCUAGUGUAUUUAUCUCUUGUAAUCCUGGUACUUUCAGGAUGGCAUGUCCGAUGGCGGUUUCUGAUCGAUCACCAGUUCAGUUCUCAAUGCGACAGAGCAGAAAAGACCGGGCAGUUGGCCAUCCCUGCAUCUUCACAGCAGCCCAAUUCGGAAGGCUACCAGUCCAUUGCCAGCGGGUAACACUGGGCCUGCCCCUGCCCCGAGGUGCCAAACGGACCCUGCUAGGGCUGCUGGGGUUGGUCUGGCGGCCGCCCUAUAGCAGCAGCUGCUAUGACUACGUAUCGUUUGCAGUCCACCGAGACAUCGGGGAAGCUGCUGCGGAAGUAUUCCCAUCCCCUCUUCUAAGGUUUUUUUUUCCCUUUUUUUUUCUUUUCUUGCACAUCAUACUACAUUCUCCCAUGCAAAGGAAGGUGCGGUAGCAGACAGUGUCAAAAGUACGAAAUAAAGAACAGGAUAUCCUGAACUACUGUAGAGUUUACGCAGGUUCGUUUAAUGACCGACGGCUGAUGCAGCAACUAGCGAGGACGAUCGUCGGGACGGAGUGUCACUUGGAGCAAUUGAACGAUGGGUGGGAAUACGCAUAAGACCACAGCCGAUAAACAUGCAGUGAUCUAUCUAACUAU